AUGAACAAAUUCCGAUUCACCGAUUUGACUUCCCGAGAUCGAUUAGCUUCGAAAGUGCCCAGUUCUCGUCAAGGAAAGAAACAGAGUCAGAAACUCAAGCCUUCAAGGUCAUCUUCUGAAUUCAGCUCUUGCCACUGUGAAUCUUUGAGUGAAAACAAGUUGCAGCAAGAUUUUGCUAAUCAAAGCACUGGAGUACCAAUGAAAAGUUUGUUGGCGCAAGAAAUGUCAAAGCAAAAAGAAUCUAAGAAGAGAUCACCAAGCAUUAUAGCCAGAUUGAUGGGUCUCGAUGUCUUGCCGCCUCAGAGCUCUUCUUCUUCCCAUAGACAACAACAACACACGACCGUGGAGAAUCUUCAAGGCAAGAGUGGUGGUGGUCAUAAAUCUAUUAGAAGGAGCUCAAAGAGUGAGCAAAAGUUCAAAGAUGUUUUCGAAGUUUUGGAUGCAAAGAAGGCAGCAGAGAGCAACAGAAACUUGUAUCACCAGGGGAAAGUGAAUGCUGCUGCUAAUCUCACACAGGCAGAGUUGGCUUUUAUACGGCAGAAGUUCAUGGAGGCUAAGCGUUUAUCAACGGAUGAGAAACUUCGUCACUCUAAAGAGUUUAAUGACGCGCUUGAGGCUCUAGACACUAACAAGGACCUUUUACUGAAGUUUCUUCAGCAUCCAGAUUCACUAUUCACUAAACAUCUGCAUGAUCUUCAAAGCACACCUCACAAACUACAUCACGGUCAAGCAAAGUCUCCAAACAGCCAGAGGCAUGUGGAUAGUCUGAAAUCACAGAAAGUUGAUAAAGACAUGUUAAGGAAGAGUCAUCAGCAUGGUGGUGGUUCUCAUACUAGGCAUGGCUCUUAUGACACAAUUGACUUGCCAAAUGAGGAGCUGGGGAAGAGAAGUGAGUUGCAGCCUACCAAGAUUGUUGUUCUGAAGCCUAACCUCGGUGAGCCACGUUACGCCGGUAGGACUUUUGCAUCGCCAAGCUCUUCUUCCGAUGAGUUCAGAGCAGAUCGUAGGCUUCCAUGCACCACCAGCAAUCAUCAUGGCAGGCAGAAAAGUAAUGAAGAUAUCCGCCUUUCAAGACAGAGUUCAAGAGACUCCGGAGAGUUUUCCAAAAUAAUGUCGAGGCAAAGGAAAGCGAGCUGUGGCAAUGGCAAUGGCAAAGCCAUGAGUCUUGAUACUUCAAGAUUAAGAGGAUAUGCAGGGGAUGAAAGCUCAUCAGGGAGUGAUUCCGCGAGCGAAUCAGAGCUAGUGCCAGUAACUUCAAGAACAAGAACAGCCUUUCACCGUAAUAACAACUACCACCGGUCUUUUCCUUCCAAGUCAGCAACAUCAUCCGUGAGUAGAGAAGCCAAGAGGAGACUGUCAGAGAGAUGGAAGCUGACACACAAGUACGAGCAAGAGAUAGAGAUUAGCAGAAGCGGCACACUAGCUGAAAUGCUUGCAACUUCAGAUAGGGAGGCAAGGCCAGCAAGUUUCAACGGGCUCGUUUUCGAAGAAGGGAUUAGUAAACGAGUCGAGAGCAGUGUUCAGUGGUCAGAAUCGCCAGAACCGGUUGGAAUCAGCAGUAGGGAUGGUUGGAAAGGAUCCUGCUCAAGAAGUUUUUCAAAAUCCAAAACCAUCAUGAACCAGGAAAGCACUUUUGGUUACACUAUAGUGCUUCCUAAGGAGUUGAUCAGUCGAGAUGGAUUAGUGAAGGGGAGUUCAUCUCAUCAGUGGGAGUCUCAGUCUUUCUUGUCAGGCAAAUCUAGACCUGCUAGUCAUAAAUCUCAUUCAUCGUACAAUAGUUCGCCAGAGGUCAACAUCAGCCCAAGAUUAACCAAAUUCCUUUACAUGAACGAUGGGAUUCAAAAAGAGAAGCUCUCUCCUUCUAAAGCACGUUGCAGUUUCUCAGUAGAUGCAGAUUCAGAGACUGAGGAUAGUUCAGCUUCUGAAGAUAUCAAGACGGCAAUGUCUUCUGAAGCUCCAGAUUUGUCAACUGUCACCUCUUUAACUGACCCUGAUAUCUCAAGGAUGCCAACUGAGGAUGUAAAUCAUUCUUCGGUUCCUGAACCACAGUCUCGUGAAAGCGCAAAGGAAGGAGAACAACCAAGUCCAGUUUCAGUUCUAGAAGCUUUUGAUGAUGAUGAUGAUGAUGAUGAUGUUUCAUCAAGUUCUGAAUGCUUUGAGAGUGUUAGCGCCGAUCUCCAAGGACUCAGGAUGCAACUUCAGCUCCUUAAACUCGAGUCAGCGGCUCACAAUGAAAGUGGCAUGCUUGUUUCGAGUGAUGAAGAAACAGAUCAAGAGGAGUCAUCCACGAUAACUGAUGAGGCUAUGAUCACACAGGAGCUCGGAGAAGAAGACUGGAAGUCACUAUACUUAGUCGAUCUUCUAGCCAACUCCAGGUUCGGUGACUCAGACCACACCACUAUCAUGGCAACAACACCUGUGGAUCCAUCCUUGUUUGAUGAUCUCGAGAAGAAGUACUCAAGCCUAAAAACCUCAACCCGGUUAGAAAGGAAGUUCCUAUUUGAUCAGAUCAGCAGAGAGCUUAUCCAGAUGUUAAAGCAGCUUUCGAAUCCACACCCUUGGGUUAAACCCACGAGGGUGUGUCCGAAAUGGGAUACAAACAAGAUAGAAGAGACUCUGCGGGAUUUGGUCACAAGAAAGGAAGAGAAAGCAAGCAAAGAUGAUGUGGAAGAGAAGGAGUUGCAGUGGCUGAGCUUGGAAGAUGACAUUGAAAUGAUAGGUAGAGAUAUUGAGGAAAUGCUGACAGAUGAACUCAUAGCAGAGCUUGUGGUAGAUGCAAUGUUCUAG